UUGCAGCUGUGCUACAAAUACAGCACAUGGUAGCAUUUGGUAGCUGCUUGUAGCGACGGACACCGCCAGGCCCCAAACUCUGAGCUUGUUUGAACUCUGGGCUUACACGUUAAAGUUGCACUUGUUUACUUUUACUUUGAUAACUUAGCUGUAAAAGGCCAAAACGACUUUGGAAUAAUUUGUCUUCGUACAAAGCUGUGAGCGAGUUACAAGUUUGAGGGCUUUUAAAGCACUUAUUGUCUCACUCCGUGUGCAGCAGCUAGACAGAAGCUAGCAUGUCAACUGGUACAAACCAAGUUAAAAGCUGCCCUAUCCCCACCAGGGUGCUCACCCUGAAGGACUGGUCCCAGCUACCCGACUGUUACAGCCAGACGCCCGGUGGGACCCUCUUCUCCACCACGCCAGGAGGUACCCGCAUCAUCUAUGACAGGAAAUUUCUGUUGGAUUGUAGAAACUCCCCUCUCGCUCGGACCCCCCCCUGCUGUCUGCCUCAGAUCCCAGGGGUAACAGUACCUGCUACACACCCCAUGGGGAAAUUGCAGGAUCUCAAAGAGGAGGCUGAAGAGGAUGAGAAGGACAUUGCAGAAGACAACCAGUUUGAGAUGGACAUCUGAGCUCCAGUAUUACCUCCUGUGGAGAGUUAUUGUCUAAAACACCUCCAUGGUCAUUGAUGACCGUUAUGCAUAACAUAUAAAGCUUUUUUUUUCACCAUUUGUUGUUGUUGUUUUUUUUUUUUUUUUUUUUUUUUUUUUUUUUUUUUUGGAUAAAAGCUUUUGAGAGGAACCAAAAAGAAUGGUAAAGUAAGAAAACUGUAGGGUGUUUUUUGACCCUAAAAAUGUGUGUUAAGCAAAGAAACUGUAUUAAAUGGGUUGAUUGGUUGCUCACUCACUUGAGAGCUGCAGCAGGAUUGAAAAAAUCUGUUUUGAUUUCACUUUUUUAUCUUUUGUAAAUAUAAAAAUUUACUAUGUAGCCUAUUUUUAAGUUGGGGAAUAUAAGAUGAUUACAUUAAGACAUGUAACGUAGGGUUUUUCACUGCAGGCAUCAGUUUUAUGUUGUUGUAUUCCCCGCUCACCCCCCACCCAAAAAAGGAAGGCUAACUUUCUUUGUGAUGGGCAAACAGGUGUCUAAUAUUGGGAAUCGGGGCCUACUGAAAAUCAGCUCCUACUUUUGUAUAGAGGGAGAGAUGAAAUGUGAUUAAUUUCAAAUAAAGGCUAUUCAAACAGUCAUAAA